ACGCAAGACCUGUGGCUAGAGCGGCUAGAGGCUAGAGAGGCCGAGCUUCAAACGGACCGAUCGCGAAGCCCUAAGCUGCCGAAAGUUCUAGAAUAGCCGCGACGAGCGCACCGCAUUUGUGUAUUCUUCGUUGUCGUCGAAGCCAAGGGGAUCGUCUAGCUGUCGUCGGCGAGGAUCAGCACGAUGACGGAGGGUGACGACCAUGCGGCUCAGGCCGCUCAGGGCGACCAGCCACAGCACGCGGCCGCGGCUGCCGCCGCCGGUUCCAAUGCCGUGGACAUUACGCCCGAGAAGAACGGCGGCGUGUUCAAGGAGAUCCUGACGCCCGGCACGGGCGACGAGACGCCCGGCGAUGGGUGCUCGGUCUCCGUUCACUACACGGGUAAACUGGUGGACGGCACCGAAUUCGAUUCGAGCCGCUUGCGGGGCAAGUUCGACUUCAACAUCGGCACCGGGUCUGUGAUCAAGGCAUGGGAAAUUGGGAUCAAGACGAUGAAAAAGGGGGAGGUGGCCAUCCUCACCUGUGCGCCCGACUAUGCCUAUGGCGACAAGGGCAGCCCGCCAAAGAUCCCACCCAACGCAACGCUCAUCUUUGAGGUCGAGCUGCUUGACUGGAAACUGGAGGACAUUAGUGCGGACAGUGACGGCAGCGUUCAGCGCAGGAUCCUCUCCGCUGGCGAGCUCUACACGACUCCGAAGGAGGAUUCCACCGUAAAAGUGCACCUCAAGGGCCUGUACGAAAACCGUGUCUUCGAAGAGCGGGACGUCGAGUUUGUGAUCGGCGAAGGAGCGGACCACGGUGUCGUAAAGGGUGUGGAAGAGGGCCUGCAGAAGUUCAAGAAGGCGGAGAAGUCCCUCCUGCGAAUUGCACCCAGCAAGGCCUUUGGCGCAGCUGGCAACGCACAGUUCAACAUCCCGCCCAAUGCAACGGUCGAGUACGAGGUCACCCUGAAGAGCUUCGAGAAUGCGAAGGAGUCCUGGGAAAUGGAUCCUCCAGAAAAGGUAGAACAGGCAGAAAUCAACAAAAGCAAGGGCACGGCAUUUCUCAAGGCUGAGAAGUACGAUUUGGCGCUGGGCAAGUACCGCCGAGCAGUGAGCCUCCUGGAGCACGAGGACAACCUUGAAGGCGAGCUCAAAGACCGGCGAAACGCCUUGCUCCUUGCCACCCACCUCAACAUAGCCCUGUGUCAUAACAAGCUGAACGACUCUCUGGAGGCCAUCCGUGCCUGCAACAGUGCGCUCGCAUUGGAGCCCCGCUCGGAGAAGGCCCUAUUCCGCAGGGGACAGGCCUACGUUGCAACCAACGAGUUUGACCUUGCCCGCAAGGACUUUGAGGAGGUGCUGAAGAUUGAUUCGAACAACAAGGCUGCCCGCAACCAGCUCAGCAUUUGCACCGUCAAGCUGAAGCAGCAGCUACAGAAAGAACGCCAGAUGUACAAGCACAUCUUCGAACGCAUGGCUGCCCAGAACGACACUAACGCUCCGGCUAGCACUGCCAAGGAACCGGGCAAGGAGGAGCCGCUGGAGCCGGGCGUCUGGAACCGCUCCGAGGAGAACAAUCAGGAGGCCGCUACACCGGAGGAGUCUAAAACGGCCAUCGAAGCCGACAAGGAAGUACCGCCGCCACCACCAGAAUCGGUCCCCGCGUCAACAUAGUCUCUGUCCCUCUGCGCCCAGCCAGAAGCGCCACAUUGCGUGGCUUUCGAGCUUGUCUGAAAAACAGAUGAAGAACCAUCGUUUUGUUUUGUCCCCCCUCUUUUUUUUUUUCUGUCCUGCAUUUUCGUGGCACCUUGGUUUCGUCACCUCCGUGAUCGCUGUCGUCGGCCUGUCGAGGCAAACUUGCAAGUCUUAUCAUUCCUCGUGUGCCCUGCUCUUUCAAGGGGUGUGAAAUGCCUCUGAGCAUCAUUUCAGCCGGUGUUUUCAAUAAAAACUUGUUCGUAUA